AUGACCGAUACCACCGUCAGACUUCAUAUCUCUCCCCUUACCCCUGAUAUCCUCCCGGUCGUCCUACCACCCUCGCUCCGCCAGACCGCUACCGACAUUUCCUUCCAUACGAUUCCCACAUUUCCUGAAAACGGCUACGGCUACAUUACGCUGCCGAGCAUGGAUGCUGAAAAGAUCAAGAAGAAGCUCAAUGGCUCAAUUCUCAAGGGCCGGAAAUUCAAGGUCGAGGCUGCCCGUCCCUCGAAGAGGGAAUGGGACCCCGAGGAUGGAGAUGCCGGAGCUCGCUCAGAUGAACCGAAGAAGGAGAAAAAGAAGUCCAAGAAGCGAAAAUCAGAGGACAAAGAGGAUGAUGUGCUAGAGGGCUAUGAACUUCCUUCGGAUCGCAAGGUUAAGCGAGGUUGGACGGAGCCAUCCAAGAAAGACCGACGAAGGGCGGAGAAGAGCAAGAGCAAGGGCGAUAAAAAGGAAAAGCCCCAGGCCAAGUCUAAAUACACGGAAAAGGAGGAGUGCCUAUUCCGAGCGACAAUCCCUCCCAACCGCAAGUCCCUUGAAGCUGUCGACGAGAAGAAAGCCAAGAAAAACAAGAAAGGCUCGGAAAAUAUUGUGCACGAGUUCGCCAAAGCAACUACUUAUCCCAGCUUCCUCCGUGAAUCAGGCGAGGAUGCUCCCCCGACGACUGAAUUUGAAGAUGGGAAGGGUUGGGUGGAUGCUUCAGGCAAGGUGAAGGAGGUUGCCAGCGACAAGGCUCGCAAACAUGAUUACCAUCCUGGACAAAAGGCGGGUGCCAAGGUGAAGAAAUCAGAGGUCAAAAAUCUAGUGAAGAAGGAAAAGACCCCGGAGCCUUCGAGUGAAUCCGAAGAUUGGACGUCGUCCAGUGGUUCUUCAUCCGAUGAGAGCUCCGACUCGGAUAGCGAGGCGGAAAGCUCCUCUGAUAAAUCAUCCGACUCGUCUGACGAUGAAGCGAAUGAAAAGACAGUACCCACGAAAGAGACAAAAAACCCUGCUCCUGCUUCGGAGAAUGUUUCUCAUGAUUCCAGCUCAGAGUCAAGCUCGGACUCGGACUCGGAUUCAGACAUGGCUGAUGGGCCUGCUCAGGGGAAGGAAGAACCUUCUACCUCUACUCAGGAGGUUCAUCCUCUUGAAGCACUCUUCAAGAGACCAGCUCCUGAGUCUACCGAGGAAAGCGCUGCACCUACCCCCACAGCGGGCUUUAGUUUCUUUGGAGGCGACGACAUUGAGUCCGAGGAUGAACAGCAACCUGCAGAGCCUCAGACUCCCUUCACGCCGUUCACCAAGAAAGAUCUCCAGAUUCGAGGCUUGCGGAGUGCAGCACCCACACCCGACACUACCAUGGUGAACCGUCGCAUGAAUUGGACCGAGGCGGAUGAUAUGGAGGAUGACGAGAGGGAGCUUUCUAUCGAUACCCCUGUUUCAAAAUCCCGGGAGAAGGAAGGGCCCAGAGAAGAGACCGAGUUUGCGAAAUGGUUCUGGGAGAAUCGUGGCGAUAACAAUCGUGCCUGGAAGAAGAGGCGACGCGACGCAGCCAAGGAACAGAGACAGAGAGAGAACCGGAAGAAGGGCAUGAAGGGCAAGACACACGUGCUCCUGUUGCUCUUCACACUUCUAUCAAUACUCUCAUUUUCAACGGCUUCCACACCAACCUCCUUCUGCAAAUGCACCUGCUUCUCCAAUAGCACCAUCAUCCCCCUCGACCCCUCCAAAUCCAGCUCCGGCACCGACACCUCCAGCCUGAACCAUGUCUACAAUCAAUACGGACGCGCGUUCAACACCGGGCCUGAACCGGAACUAGACCUACAGUCUGAUCUACAGACAGAGCAAGAGACUGAAAAACAAACCGAUUCGGACUCCGAAUCCAAUCCGCCCGAUACAAUCACCGAGCGCACGCAGAAAUACCGCGCAUUGAGCUGCAACGAUUGCAAUCGCAAGUUCUGUUUGGACUAUGAGUUGCCCAUUUGCAAGGAUGCCAAGGAGGAGGAUGUUUUUACGACGUGUUUUCAGCGCGACUCCCGAAAGGACGAGGCGGUGGUAUUCAUCUUCAUUUUUGCGACUGGUGGCUUGCUCACGUGGGCUCUGCUCAAGCCCUGGAUUGAGCGGUAUAUCGAGGCUGCUCGAGAACGCCGAUCAUAUAUGCCCGUUGGGGAACCCGAACAUUAG